AUGCAUUUCGAGUCGGACAAUUGUAUCGUUCGCCUACGAAUCAACAAACACCUAGGACUUAGCGACUGGCUCAUGGCAGGAAGCGUGAUCCUAAACUUCCUGGGCUGCGUACCCUGCGCAAUACUCGCUGCAAAAGGCGGCCAAGGCCGUCUGAUGGCAGAUUCAUGGUGGCUUGUAACAGAACGUACAUCGCACGAACUACAUAUGAUUUUCACUACGCAGUGUCUCAAUGUCUACGCAAUGUUCCUUGUCAAGGCAUGCAUUUGUGCUUACUUGAUGGCAUUGGAUUUUGGACGUAACUAUCGCAUCCUCAUAUGGACAUCUGUUGUUAUCGUGGCGCUGUGCAACUUUGUCAUGAUGCUUAUGUUGCACUUUGAUUCUAGUGUGGAGGGAGAGUGCUGCCCAGAAGCAGUCAGUGAUGCAACGGCUUAUGUGCCGAUUACAUCCAAUAUCAUCGCCGAUUUAAUCUAUACUGCUGCACCUAUCGUUUACCUAAGACAUAUCCAGCUCAGCAAGCAGACGCAAUGGGGCGUCCGAAUUGUUUUCCUCCUGGGACUGGUUGGCACCGGGCUUUCCGUUGCCAAAAUCCCCAUCACAGCCAAGUUUCUCAAGUCACAAGAAAUGAUGUGGGGUGCCAUGGAUCUAAGUAUUUGCAGCAUUAAUGAGGUCUGCGUCGGCAUCAUCGUCGCAAAUCUUCCGUCUCUGCGAAACACUAUCCUAAAUCUAUUCUCUGAAAGCAUCCCAGUGAGCUCUUCCACAGCCAUGCGUGUCUCACAGAAACCCACUAGCCAUUUUGAUAUUGUCUCUUCACACUAUGCUUCCAAGGGCCACACAAAGUUGCAAGAUGACGAGGACGAAAGCGAACGCUGCAUCCUAGAGUUAGGAGAGAGACGGCAAAAUUGGAGUAUUAUGAAGACCACUCGAGUGGAUGUUCGCAACGAAGGUGCAACAUCAUGCCAAAUAAGUCCUGCCCAAAAACCUUUUUAG